AAACAUAUGCAUUUUCCCUUUGGUUUUCUUUCUUUCUCCUCCCGCCACAUUUGCCACCACCGGAUCUGUAGCUGAGAUCUCGCUUUUGGGCCAGUGGGUGCCUCCCUUUAAGUAGAGGCUGCAGCCAGGCUAGCUCUGCUUCCUGUAGGUUCUUUCCUCCGCUCCAGUCCUGGAAUUUGGCAGCGAGCACUGAGCCUUCAUCACCCCAUCAGCACAGCAAAGCAAGACUCUCAACCAAGGGGCUGUUUUGGCUGUGAAGAAGGCCCAAGGAGGAGGCGCCAUGAGCGAGUCUGGGCAGAGGUCGAGGCCGUGGCCACCGGGGGCGGCCGCGAUGGCGCCGUCGGAGCCGGCUGCGGCUGCCGACGCGAGGGGCGAGGCGACGACGCUGAGGGACUUCGGCACGUCCAUGGACGCCAUCUCCUUCGGCUUCGCGGCCACGGCCAUCCUCAUCUCCAUCUUCCUCCUCAUGGCCAUCUUCGAGCACCUCAUCAGGCCCCAGGCGUUCCAGGCGCCAGCCGGCUCCCCGCGCGGCCGACGCCGGCGUGGCCACCGCUCGCCCGGCAAGCCCCGGAGCCCGCCCAUGGUGCAGACGGUGCUGCAGGCGGCGGACCUGUCGGUGCUGAUGCCGGGGCAGCGGUACCCGACGUACCUCGCGCAGCCGGCGCCAUUGCCGCCGCCGUGCCCCAGGGAGGGGGUGCACUGGCCGCCGCACGACCAUAUGCCACCCUGACCGUCUCACGCGGUCGAAAAUUUCGUUCAGUUUUUGUACAGCGGGAGAUUGUAAAAGCAGGAGAAUGUGAGCAAGAAUCCUGGUUCGUUGUCGGUGCC